AUGUCACGCUCGCUGUGCCAGAUUGCCGUGCAGCUGGACUAUUACAUGUCCGCUCAGUUUGCCGGCAUCGCCCUAGCCUGCCGACGGGGCAUUUAUGAGAAAGCUGGGCUGAAAGUGAACUUGCUUCCCAGCUGUACUCCCGGAGACGAAGCUGCGAAAGUCUGCGACGGGUUCUCAAAGGAUGCCUCGAAGUUGCACGUGGGCAGCAUGGAGCAGAACACCCUCAUUCCGGCGGCAGGUGGCGCAGCAGGAGGCUACAACAUCAAAGCGGUUGCUGCAAUGUUCGGCCGUUCCCCCUUGUGCUUGGCAGCGCUGCCGACCGCAGGGUUGCGGAGCAGACUCCAUGGGAAUCCUCACGGGCAUGGCUUGCGCAUCGCAGCCCACUCGGACACCGUCGACCUCCUGAGGCGCAUGCUUCCCGGGGCCAGUGUCUUGGAUGUUCCCCGCGUGCAGAAGCUGAGUGAGCUGCGCGAGGGCGGCGUUGAUGCGGUUCAGGCCUACGACGUCACGGAGACCUUGCGGCUGGAGCAGGAGCUGGGGUCGCGACCGGAUGUCAUCCCGCUCCAGGGCAGUGCCUUCCCAGGUGUGACGCUGGGCUACUCCCAAGUGCUCUUCGUCCCGGCGGGCUGCUUGCCGACGCACCGAGACUCCCUCCAGGCCUUCCUGAGGUCGACUUUUGUCGGCUGGAGCCAGGCCUUGCGAGAGCCCGAGGCCGCAGCGCAGGCCGUCUUGGCGAUGCAGGGCGCGGAAGAUGCGGAGGAGCUGGAGGUCGACCACUACUUUCGCUCGGAGGACUUCAUGGCAAGGAGCGUCCGCCUCUGCUGCGACUAUGUGAAGCACACCCGGCGCUGCGGCCAGCUGGGGGUCAUCGAUGUGGAGCGCUGGGAUUCCGCGAACCGGUGGCUGCUUCCGGGAGAUUUUCCGGGGACGGAGCACUGCCUUGACGCGACAGUGUGGAACCAGGAUGCCCGCUAUGUUGACGCCCAGCCAGCGGUGGACCGCAUCUACGAGGAAACGCGCCAGCUUGUGCAGACAUCCCAGGAGCUUCAUGGGCGAGCACCGCGACUGUCGGUUGUCACCGUGGGAACGGCUCCCUUGGGAAGCACACAUCCCGAUGGCCCCAAGCGCCUCGAGCUCUUCGCGCCCGAAGACGCGAGCUGGUUCUCGAAGACGAAGACGGGCCGCGCGCUCGGCAUCGACGUGAAGGAGAUCAACCUUCCGGCGGAGGCUUCCACCAAGAGCCUCGUGAAGGUUCUGCAGGACGAGUACGAUGCCGACGGCAUCCAGCUCAUGUGGCCCCUUCCUUCCCACAUCGACGCUGCCGAGGCGCUGGCGGCCAUUCCCGUUUCGCAAGACGUCGACGGCGCGCACUUCAUGUCCCAGGUGCGCGGGGAGUCCCAUGAGCCACGCGAGGCGUUCGCCCCGCUCACGGCGGAGGGCGUGAUGUACGCCCUGGACCACUAUGGGAUUGAGCCUGGAGGGCUCCAUGCCGUGAUCCUUGGGCGGUCGGACUUGGUGGGUCAGCCUCUGGCGCGCCUGCUGGGUGCACGGGGUGCGACGGUGACUUUGCUCCACAGCCAGAGCCGGGACCACAAGCUCUUGUGCGAGAAGGCGGACCUCCUCAUCUCGGCCAUUGGGAAGCCGAGGUUUGUCCAGAGCGACUGGAUCAAGCCCGGGGCCGUGGUGGUCAACGUCGGCACCACCUUCACGGGAGAUUCCAUGGUGCCCGACAUCCCCCCCAUCGCCGAGCUGGGCCACGCAUCCCUGGUCCUCCGGACCCUGGGCCCCACCUCGGUGGCCCUCUGCCUCCGCAACGUGGCCAAGGCGGCCGCUGCGCGCCCGCUGCCAGGGGCUCUGGCCUCCACGCCGGUUUUGAGCAACGAGGAGAUCCUGGGCCAGCUGGGAUCCAUCCCGGGCUGGUCCCUGGCCUUUUCGGACAAGAAGCCCCUCCUGACCAAGGACUUCUGGUUCCCUGCCUACUCCGUCGCCUCCCGCGCUGUGCGCGACGUGUGCAGCAAGGCGGAGCUCAUGAACCACCACCCCAACCUGAAGCUGACUCAUCACUGCACCCAUGGCGCCGUCCUCACCGCCGAGCUCUCGACCUACGUCUCCGGCGGGGUCACCGACUUCGAUUUGGCCUUGGCCAAGGCUGUGGACGAGGUUUGCAAGCACGAGGAGGGCACGCAGCACGCCCCGGAGGUGGAGAUGAAGGACUUCGAGUUCGAGCUGCCUGAGGAGCUCAUCGCCCACUUCCCCGCCGAGGGCCGGCAAUCCCGGCUCCUCGUCAUCGAAGGCCCGAGCGAGGGGGUGGAGGCGGAGAUCCGGGACCACCGCUUCGCGGACCUCCCGAGCCUCUUGCCCCGUGGCGCACACCUGGUCUUCAACGAGUCCAAGGUCCUGGCUGCUCGCAUGUUUGCGCGGACGCCCGCGCACCCCGAGCCGGUGGAGGUCAUGUUCCUCUCCCCGCACGGCCAGGCCCCCGCAGGCAACGCGGCCGAGGCGCUGGAGGAGCCCUGCCAGAAGCAGCUCUGGGACGCCAUGAUCCGGCUGCCCCUGCGCGAGGCCGGGGCAAUCUUCACAGUGGCCCCGCCGGCCCCAAACGACUCAGGCUUGACCUUGGAGGUUCUCCAGCUCUCCUCGAAGUGGAUCGAGGAAGGGGAGGCCGAAGGGGUGGAGGUGGUCCUGCGCAUGUCUGGAGAGCCGGGCCUCAAGGCCGGAGAGGCCUUCGCCAGGUUCGGGCACAUCCCGCUUCCGCCCUACAUGCGCCGAGACGCCGGGGCUCAAGACUCACAGGACUAUCAGACCGUCUACGCGCGGGAAGAUGCCUGUGGCAGCGUCGCGGCGCCAACCGCCGGGCUCCACUUUACCCAAGGCCUCCUGGAAACUCUCCAGGCGCAGAACAUCGGCCACUCGGCUGUGACGCUGCAUGUGGGCGCGGGGACCUUCCGCCCGGUGACCGCGAAGCAGGUCGCCGAGCACGCGAUGCACGCCGAGUCCUUCUCCAUGGAGGUCUCGGCCAUCGAGGCUGUCGCGAAAAGCUUGGAGGAGCAGCGGCCCGUGGUGGCGGUGGGAACCACCACGGUCCGAACGCUGGAGUCCCUGUAUUGGCUGGCUGCGCGCCGACGCGGUGACCUCGCGGGCCUCCGCCUGGGGCAGUGGGAGGCCUACGGCCUGGAGAAGGACGGCGGCUGCCUUCCGGCCGCGGCCGUGUUGCGGCGUCUGGGCGAAGAUGCCAGGGAGGCUGGACUUACGAAGGUGUCCGGCUCAACGAGCUUGUGCAUCGUUCCCGGCUACCGCUUCAAGGUGGUCCAAGACCUGGUGACGAACUUCCACCAGCCGGACAGCACCCUGCUGUUGCUGGUGGCCGCCUUUCGCUCCCGGACGACCUUGCUCACUGCGUACGCACACGCGAUCGCCAACAAGUAUCGCUUCCUGUCCUACGGUGACGCCUGCCUCUUCGUGUCGAAGGAGACGGCCGCUGCGGCCAAGAGCGAUCGCCAGCAGAGCAAGGCCAGGCAGCCCAAGCCAGGAGAGAAGGUGCUCCUGCACUCGUGCUGCGCACCGUGCUCAGGAGCCAUGAUUGAGGAGAUGCACAGCCAGGGCCUGGAUGUGACGGUGUUUUUCUACAACCCGAACAUCCAUCCCCGCAAGGAGUACGAGAUUCGCAAGAAUGAGAAUGUUCGCUACGCGGAGGCCCUGGGUAUUCCUUUCGUGGACUGCGACUACGACGUAGAAGAGUGGUAUGCCCGGGCAAAGGGAAUGGAGUAUUGCCUUGAGAGAGGGCCAAGGUGCUCCAUGUGCUUCGACAUGCGCCUGGAGCGAACUGCCUUGCAUGCCCACGAGCAUGGCUUCCAGUGGUUUACCACGACCAAUGCGACGAGCAGGUGGAAGGAUGCCAAUCAGGUGAACGCCUCGGGUGUUAAGGCCGCCUUCAACUAUCCCGGGGUGACCUACUGGGUCUACGACUGGCAGACAGAGGUGAUGAAUGAACGGAAGUAUGAGGUCAACGCCAAGCACCACUUCUACAAACAGGAGUAUUGCGGCUGCAGCUACAGCCUCCGAGACAACAACUACUUCCGGGCGAAG